UGACGAUAAGAACUCAUCGCAGGAAGAUCGCAAGUCUGAAAUAUGUUGUUAAUUGUGGUUUUCUUAUUUUCGUGCACCUUUACAGAGCUAAAUGGCUCCAAACUGAACGGAGGUAUAUUUCCCGAUGAUUUAAGGCAGCAAAUUGCACAACUAGUGGAUCAAGAGGUUGCUAAACGAAUCAACGCAGUCGAGGUUAAGUUUGAGAAGAGAAUAUCUCAACUGGAACUUGAGCUUAAAGAGACAAAAGAAAGGUUGGCAAACGCAGAGCGGUCACCUGAAACUAUGACAGAUAUAGCUGAAAAGGGACUGUCCAAUUUCGAGAAUAGCCAUAUCGAUGAGAGCGUUGAGAUUGCGAGCAGGACUUCAAACCCCAGCGGGCUUUCCUUGACGAAGAAAUUCGUUGUUUCCAACGAAGAGGUUUCAACCGUCGCAUUCACAGUCACCAUGUCAGCGAAAGCCACGGAACUCGGAAAACAACAAAUUAUUCCGUUUGACACAAUCCUGUUGAACGAAGGGAAUGCUUUCGAUCCAGCGUUGCAUGGUUUCACGUGUCCUAUCUCUGGUAUCUACACGUUCAUGACUGCGCUGCUUGCUGACAUACAUGAGAACACGGUCACAGAGAUCGUCCAUAAUGGCACGCCGCUAGUACAGGCUUACAGUGCAGGUUCGACCUCAAGCCACGGCUUUGAUCAGGGUUUCAACGCUGUGAUGGUUCGAUGCAACGCAGGUGAGCGGGUCUGGGUCCAGCUUUCCAAUCACCAAGGGACAACUGUCUUUGCAGGUGGCUUUUCGUCAUUUUCAGGCUUCCUCAACUGGGCAAUAUAGUGAUUUGAUAGCAAUUACAUUGCUGUAUUGCUUGAAGAAAUGAUUUUAAUUUAAAAGUAU